AUGUCCUUGCUGCAACCCUAUGCCACCUUACUGUACAGAUACAAGCAGUGGCUUAGAAAGUCGCAAGUCGAUCGUCAUCAACUCGCCGCUCCUGAUGACGAGGCAUCAGUAGAUCCUGCGGGUCUGCAAGUGGUUUAUUCCACUCGAUUCGGUGGUCUGGUUGAGUUUCCGGAUGAUGAAACAGCGCCCACUAGCAAUAAACACACCAGGAAAGGUUUUCGGCGGAGACCUACUAACGUUACUGAUCCAGGUAACAACUUAGUUCCUGAACAAGCCGUACGGGCAAAGCGAAAAUUCACAGUGACUGGGACGCGACGGUGGGAGGAGCGUGCGUCUUCUCGGCAACGAGAAAAAACACAACUUGCUGAAGCACGCAAGAUCCGUCAACCAAAAGGAGGUCGCACAUUUGGUCAGCUUCGAAGACCAGAGCAAGUGCUGAAGCAGCGUCGGCAACGAAUGAAAAUGAACCAUGCUGCUCAGAAGAAAAAAUUUAAGGGCUCAAAAUUAAGAACGAACAAAGCAUCGGGACGCGUACGCAGUCGGCGUUCUUGA